AUGAAUCCUACAAAUGAUGAUCCGGUGUUUGGGACCAUUUUUGACUGGGACUAUCUUUUAUGGGAAGUUCGUUUGACAUUUUUAGCUGCUGGUUUUUUAAUCUACCUGGGAGUAUUUCUUCUGUCUCACUGGUUGUCUUCAUGGAUAAGUACCACUUAUCGUGCCUUGUAUGCAAAGGAGAAGGUGUUUUGGAAUAUGGCGGUCACACGUGGUGUGUUUGGACUUCAGAGUUGUGUUGCUGGAUUAUGGGCUUUGCUCAUAGAUCCUGUUUUUCAUGCUGACAAAGUGUAUUCACAGCAAAAGUGGAGUUGGUUUAACUGUUUAAUAGCUGCUGGAUUUUUCUUGCUUGAAAAUGUAGCUGUUCACGUGUCCAACAUUAUUUUUAGAACAUUUGAUGUGUUUGGUAGUUCAUCACUUGCUUGCUUUUGGUGGCUUGGCUGGUCUAGUAAUAAUGUGAAAUCUGGACAUUAUCUGCCUUUAAUGGGAAUGUUGCUGGAGAUGAGUACUCCCUCAACGUGCAUUUCCUGGAUGCUUCUAAAGGCUGGCUGUGCUAAUACCUUUUUCUGGAAGGCAAACCAGUGGGUGAUGAUCCACCUGUUUCACUGCCGCAUGAUUCUUACUUAUCACAUGUGGUGGGUGUGCAUUUUCAAUUGGAAUUCUGUGGUAGAAAAUCUGGGACUUCUUCAUUUUAUUGUGUUAUUCUCGGGAUUAUUUGCUGUUACUUUAAUACUUAACCCAUACUGGACAUACAAAAAAACUCAGCAACUGCUCAGCCCGACUGACUGGAACUUUGAAACUAAAGCAACGGAAAAUGGAAAAUUAAAUGGCGAAACACAUCAGAAGAAGAGGAUAUAA